AGGAGCAGGAAGUGCACGGUAAUGCGCCUGCGCCGCGCACUGCAUUGUGGGGCUUGUGUGGCGCAGCUGUGGACCGCUUGUGGCAGAGCUUCUUCAUCGACUGCAAGACCUUUUCUGAAAAUGGCACUAGGAAAUGAAAACUGCCGAAUGGAAGAGGUGCUGGUUAAGACCCCUGUGGGGGAGAUUCAAAUUUCAGGAUGUGACUUGGGAAUACAUGACAUAAAACUGCUGGCUUUUGAUGUCCCUGAUGGGGCUGAGGAUGCCUCGACGUCUUUCAAGGUAUGCGAGGGCCCUGAGGAAAUGAUUGCACCGCUGAAACAGUGCACAGACUGGCUGCGAGCCUACUUCUGUGAGCCAUCGCUGACGGAGAAAUACACCGUACCUGCUUUCCACCAUCCACUAUUUCAGAAAGAUUCAUUUCAGAAGAGUGUACUGUUGGCUUUGCUUAAGAAUGUGACGAUGGGAAAGACAAUCACCUACAAGGAACUUGCUGAGCUCAGCGGCAAUGCAAAAGCGGCGAGAGCUGUGGGCGGAGCUAUGAGAAACAAUCCGGUGCCACUUAUCAUACCGUGCCACCGGGUGAUCUGCAGCGACGGAAAAAUUGGCAACUACAGCGGCGGCAAAGGAAACAAUGUGAAACUCUGGCUUUUGGCACACGAGAAGCAUGUGAGCGAAAUGUGAACGUGUUUUUAGUGCCUUCACCUCCAGCCGUACAGCAGCCAAAGCAUAUAACCCCGGCACAGCGCUGUGUAAGCUCUCACGUGGCACAGGCGAAUUCAGGAAAAUUGUAAAUAUUUGAGUGGCAUAUAAAUAUAAUACAACAUCCGAUGUGAGAUGUGCGGUGGCACUACUAUAUUAAAAAGGCUGGAUGUGUCCUGGGGGACGCAGCUUGUGUGCUUUGUCUUGUUUUAACAUUUUACAGCAGACCCGGCCGGUUGGGCUCGUAUUCCCUUUUUUUCAUCUCCAGUUCUGUUUUGUUCUAUUUUUAAUGGCCAUUAAAGCAAAAAGAGAGGGGAGUAGCGUGGCAAAUCCGAGGUUCAACUGCCCCGGCAAGGAAGCAUCUGGCUUCUGGAGGGGACAGCAGGCAGAGUCCUAGCCCUUGCGUGCCACUCACAGCAAAAUAAUAUGCGCACACACAUACCCUCCCUAUUCCUGCCCAGCCUUGUAUUCAUCCGGACGGAGAUCCUGUCCCUGUGCCAACAUCGGUGCCCAGCUUUCCCACCUAAUCCUUUGAUGUAUGUCACUGCUACGCACUAAAAUAGCAGCUACUUUGCAGCCUUCUUUUGCUUCUGCUUUUCUUUAAGGAAAUGUCUAUUGUGGUUUUGUUUAUGUAUCUUUAUUUUUUAAUGUUUUUUUUGCUGUCAUUUAGAUCCUUGAGUAGAUGUUCAAAGGAUCCCGGUGACAAUUUUUUUUCUGACUUCCUUCAUCAUUUUCUGUGUUUUCUUGCCAGCAAAAAUAGCUUCCUAUCCAGUAACGGUUAUCUGAAUCAUAAGAAUAAAAAAGUUGUAUAAAUACA